UCCUCCAGUGUUUUCUGAAGAUAUUAAUGGUGCUUCAUGCGUCUCUUCAAUAGAGCUGCCCCGCGUGUGUCGGACUAAAUUAUCAGUGGUGAAUAAUAAACAGUGUUGUGAAUAUGGAGAAAAUCGGCAAUUCUCAUGCGGUAUCAGUGGAUUCGGACGACGAGGAGAGGCCUUCCUGGCGAGGAAUCAGGCACGAGGGCACUCAGUUUUCCGACGAAGACGAGGGGACGAUAAUUUCGAGAAGUGGUGACACACCAGUCACUGAGGUCGAGUGCGGCGCCGACGGAAGAAACCUUUCUGAAUUCGCAAUCAAAAGGGAAUGCACGGAGGAGUCCCUCGACAUCGACGAUUACGUUUACAAACAAAUAACUUUUGUCGAGUUGUCGGACGACAAUUAUUCCCUGAAUAGUCCCCAACAGCCCCAGCAACAGUUGAAAACUGAAAUACUGAGUUACCCUGACAACUCCACUCCCAAAACAGUCUCCUCCUUUGAAAAAUUCGCAAUCAAAAGGGAAUGCACGGAGGAGUCCCUCGACAUCGACGAUUACGUUUACAAACAAAUAACUUUUGUCGAGUUGUCGGACGACAAUUAUUCCCUGAAUAGUCCCCAACAGCCCCAGCAACAGUUGAAAACUGAAAUACUGAGUUACCCUGACAACUCCACUCCCAAAACAGUCUCCUCCUUUGAAAAAUUCGCAAUCAAAAGGGAAUGCACGGAGGAGUCCCUCGACAUCGACGAUUACGUUUACACACAAAUAAUCUUUGUCGAAUUGUCGGACGACGAAGAGGACCGUCACUCCCUGAAUAGUCCCCAACAGCCCCAGCAACAGUUGAAAACUGAAAUACUGAGUUACCCCGAGGACUCCACCCCAGAAAAAAGCAAACAAAUGGUUCGUUCGCCAGAGAUCUGCAGAGUGGAGACACUCGACGAGUUCGAGGCUGAAUUGUCGAUCCCUAGAGUCCCCGCGGCUCCAAUCACACACGAGCUCCGUGAGAGAAAGCGUAAACCGAUGGAUCACGUGUGGAAGAACCCUCGAGUCCAGGAAGACAUGGACUUGGAUUCGAUGAAGUCCUUUUGCGAGGACAGGUCAUUCUACGCUGAGAACACAGACUGCAGCAUUAGUUUCAAGUCUCUCAACAGCUCGGAAUCUCUUCAGGAUCUCGAGGACUUCAGGAUUACAGACGAGAACAGAAGUUUAAUUCACAGGAGAGAAAAGAAUCGAGAAAGUUCGCCGGAGGGCGAAAGCUCUUCGGGAAACGAGAGGGAGGGAUUCGUUGAGGAGGACAAUUUCAACGAAAAACUGGAUGAGAAAGGAAAUCUCAACGAAAUUCUGUCAAUGUUCGACUCUACCAGCUUUUUUAAUCGAGAUAAUUGUAAAGUUUCUGAGGUUGACGAGGUUUUUAAUGCAAAUAGCGACGAAGGGAGAGGGCAUCAAGAGGGGAAUGAACACAUUCCAAAAAUUCCUGAAGACAUUUGUAAAAAUCAAAACGAUGAAGAUAAAUCUGACAAAAAUUUGACUGACGAAAUUGAGUCUCAAAGAAAAGAGGACGAUAAUGUGAUCGAAAAUUCUGAAGUGAUAGAUUCAGAAGGAGAAAUUGGACCAGAGGAAAUGUCAGGGGUUUUUGAACAAAUUGAGCACCGAGAGAAGAUGAGUUUCUCGGAAAUUCUCGAAGGAAUAAAUCCUUCAGGUGCUGUUGAGGAUCGCGCCCCACGAGAUAGAAGCAGCGAAUCUAUUUAUGACGCUGAAGAUCCCUUCAUGGACAUAGCCACCGAGUCCCAACUCCUCGACUUCGAUAAGAAGCUCUCGGAGGCAGAGGUAAACGACGAAUCAAUUUCCAUAGACUUCGAUUAUUCCGAUCAGGACCUGGAGGAAAUCGAUACCGAUGAGGAGCCGGAACCGAUGGAGACCUCGAGCAGGAGCAGUUCCUUCGGCGAUCAACUGACACCACUCGAGAAUCUCCAAGAGAGUAUUCGAAAUAUUUCUGGAAAUAUCUCGAAAGACGAUGGUAAAAUCAUUGAGGAUGACGGGGUUGAAUCUCUGGAGGGAAAUAAUUGCAGGCGAGAGGAUUUCACCGAGAGAAUGGAAAUAUCGAGUGAAGAAAUGUCAGGAGAGGUGACUAAAAAUGGUAAAAAUCAUGAGACCAUGGAGGACAUCAGCUACAAUGAGAAAGUUCCUGGUGACACAGUCUCUAGAGAUGCAGACGACACUGAAGAAGAUGAGGAUUUAGGCGAGGGAAUUGAAGAACCUGGAGAGGACUCAAAAGAAUCUUCUCGAGAACAAAAUCCAGAAGAAGAGGGCAGUGAGUCGGAUGAGACCCUCUCUCUGUCGACCACUAGCGACGAAUGUCCUGAUGAUACUCUAGAGCUCGAUGACAUGAUUGAGGACCUGGAGAAGACAAGUCCACUCGCUGAAUCCACGGGGUUGAACAUCUUCGUUGGGGUUAACCAGGGACAGAAGAAGAAAUCGGAAGGAUGUGAGGAUGACGUUGCUGUUGAAAGAGCAGCCAAGGUACUGAAGUCUGAAGAGACUGUGGGGAAUAAUAUUCUUGUCACGAAUAUUCACGCAGUCGAGAGUGUGAAAGUUACUGCAGAAGAAGGAUUCCCCAGGGUUCAAAGUUUGAUGGGUGUUGACAGGAGUAACAUUCCAGUCAAAUUUUCCCCCAUGACGCGUCAGGAUCUAUCCCUCUGUGAUAAAGAGGUCGAACCCAUGGAUAUAUCUGGUUGCAGAGCAGACACUCUGCAGCUUGGGAUGGUAGUCAAGGUCAAGGAGUCCGAGACCUCGUCAGGAGUGUCUUCAGGCUCUCCAUCAAAUUCCCCACCGAUUCCCUCGGAUCAUGCAGGGAGCAGCCCCUGCAGCCGAAGACCAGAGGCCCCAGCGAGAACAUACAACAUGAUUGAGUCUUCAUCAGACCCUGAAGAGUCCCCCACGAGACCCCCAGACCCCCCAGAAACUCCAGGAGAUUCUCCAACGAGCCACGACCACAACUAUACGAACCAAAUAUCAAGGAAGAGAUUUCGAAUGAAUUUGUUCCCGAGGAAAUCAGACUCCCCUCCCAGGAAAAAGACCCCUCAAAGCUCUUCGAAAGUCCUGAGGCUCAGGAACCCUCCGAAAAUGAAGUUUGAUGACGUCUUCAAGAACAUUCCCCUCUCUCAGAAGAGACAGAAGUCGUCGUUAAGAAACUACAACUCCAGUGAUGACGAGAAUGAUCCCCACGUCGAGAGGAAGUCUGAGAAAAAACUACCCUCAAGCCAGAAAAAAAAGAGGAAACUGUUUCAUCUCAGUGCUUCCAUCGAGGAUCUGUCAGAGUUCCUGGAGGAAUCGAACGAGAAACCCGUGGUGAAGUCGCCAGAGAAGUUUUUGAAGUCCUUGAAAGGACUCAGGAAGCCUCUAAGUCCAGUGAAAACCCCAGAGAGCAAGGAGAAACCUGAAGUGACCCCCAGGAUCACCAACUCUGUACCUCAACCAUCCCCACAAGUCUAUAAGAGCAAGAUCUCUCCUGUGACGGGUUCAGAGCUAGUUUUCUUAACCGAACGCCUCGUUUCCUCGAGACACACAUCCUCAAGUGAUUUGAAUACUUCGCCUAGAACUUCAGACACCUCAGUCACCGCUCAGAAUGACGCAACAGACUCUGAGAAAAUAGAGAGUCAGGAGGAGUCUUCAAAGUCUGAGGAUUCAGAUUCAGAAAGAAACUCGUCAGGAACUGCAGAGGAUUCUCCUCAGGAGAGCGAGGAGUUCAUAAAUUUGGACUCUGAUAUUUCCCCAGGGAAAUCUCCAGAAACUCCUGAGGAUGAGAACGAAGACAUGGAAAUUCCUGGGACUCAAGUGUCUCAUUGCUUGCCAAAUAAUUUUGGAGAAGCUUCUGAGGACAAAUCUCUUCAGAAGAGUGGAGAUUUCAUAGGGUUGGAGGGUCUCGAUUCCAACCUUUCUCCAGGCAAAACUCCAAAAACUCCUGGGGACGAGGAUAAGAAGAUGGAAAUUCUUGAGGACAAAUCGUUUCAGAUCAGUGAAGAUUUUCCAGGGUUGAAGGGUCUGAAUUCCAAAAUUUCUCCAGCAAAAACUCCAGAAACUCCUGGGGAUGAAGAUAAAGAGAUAGAAAUUCCUGAGACUCAGGUCCCUCAUUGGACUUCAAAAACUCCUGGAGAAGCUUCUGAGAAGAAAUCUCCUCAGAAGACUGAAGAUAUCACAGGAUUGAAGGGUCUGGGUUCCAAAAUUUUCCCAACUAAAUAUCCGGAAGGCCCUGAAAAUGAGGAAGAACCACUGGAGCUUCCAAUGACUCAAGUCUCUCACUGGACCCCAAAUGCUCCUGCUGACGCUUCACCAGUUGAUUCCAACCUAGACCGAUCCCAGGGACUCCAAUCCAAUCCGAAGACUCUUGAGCCGUCAGUGAUCAACCCAACAGCCUCAGUAGUUCAAAGCCUCCCAACUGCUUGUCAACCCACAGAGACAACUCCACCUCUGGGUCUAGAAGAGAAUGAAUCGAUGGAGACAGCUUCUCCUCUUCCAGUGACUCCAGAAUUAGGGUCUCCAGAUGUUAUUACCCAACCAGAACCCUGUGAAAAUAAAAAGACAUCAGAGGAACCAGUUCAGGAACCAGAAAUUCCCCAACAAUUUUCUUCAACUUCUGAUCUAGAGGCCAAGCCACUUUCAUCUCCCGUUCCGUCGCCUCCAAAGCUUCCAGAAAACGAGAGGCCCUUCAAACUCCUUCCAGAGGCAAACGAGAGGAUAGCUCCACCCCCUCCACCCCCUAUUGGAGACGAACAUUCAGAUACAGAAGCUCCAGUCAAGAUCUCGAAUUCCUCUCGUCAGCCUCUCACAAGUGAUGAAGAUACUUCAGGGCUCACUCACAUCUCCCAACUUCGUAAAUCUUCUCCAGUGAUGUCAAGGGCUCUUCCGGAGGCAUCAUCGCGUCCAGGUCCUUCCUGGGCUCAGCCCGAGCCUCCUGACGAGGACUCAUGGCAUGCUUUCUCCAGUUGUCAAACCCCCAAAUUCAAAAUUCGAUCUGAUUUUAUUCGUGACCAGAACGACGGAGAUUCCGAUGGCUGUGAAUCCUCCCUGGAGACGUGCUCCAAUCCUCCCCCUUCGCACAUAUCAGAUGAUUCGGAUUAUCAGAGUCUGGACGAUGGACGUUCGAAGCACUCGUUCCCCAGUAAAUUCGUGAAACCUAAGAAGAAGAAUGUUAAGAGCAAGAUUCAAGUCUCAGAACGCUUUCAAGCCCAAGAUGAGAGUUACCUCAGGGCCUGCCUCCCGGAGUCCAGGAACGACCAGCCAGCUGGAGGGGAAAUGCAACUGGAGGGAGAGGCCACUAGAAGAACAAUCAAGAAGUUGCACAAGGAGAUUAACUCGAAACCAGGGCCUGGGGUGAGGAUGGAGGCACCUAAGGGGAUGCUGGUGUCCCUGAUGGAUCAUCAGAAGGAGGCUCUACCCUGGAUGCUGUGGAGGGAGACCUGUAAACCUGCUGGGGGGAUCCUUGCGGAUGAUAUGGGACUGGGGAAGACUAUUCUCACUAUUGCUCUCGUUAUGGAGUCACUGAAUCGAGAUCCUCCGGUUAGAGGGGCUUCUAGCAGGCAUGGACCUCUUGGGGGAACACUCGUCGUGUGUCCAGCAGGUUUGGUUACUCAGUGGUACAACGAAUUCGACUCUAAAAGUGACGUCGGUCAUACGCGAACAUACCACAAAGACAAAGAGACCAAUCCCAAAAUCCUCGCAGGAUCGAACGUCGUAAUAACGACCUACGACACCCUAAACCGAAACUACACGACCUCCCACCAAGUCCUCUUCAAGGUCCACUGGAGGCGAGUAGUCCUGGACGAGGCGCACAUGAUCAGAAACCCAAAAUCUCUGAAAUCAAUUCGCAUAGCUGAGUUGACCACCGACAAGCGUUGGUGCCUCACAGGCACCCCAGUCCACAACAAAGUCGGGGAUCUCUACCCCAUCAUGAGAUUCCUGAAUCUGGAGCCAUUCAACGAUCAACAGAUCUUCAACAGGUUGAUCGACAGCAACGACAAUCGAGGAACAAAGCGUCUCUUCUGUGUCAUGCAGUGCGUGAUGCUGAGGAGAAUGAAGGAGGGGGUCUUUGCCUCAGGAUCGAUCCCCCAACUCCCCCUGAAGACCCUCAGAAGGAUCGAUAUUGUCCUCGUCCAGGAGGAGAGACUGGUCUACGAUAAAGUCAUGACCCACUCCAAGACACUCUUCAUUCAGUUCCUCCAUCAGAGAGAGCAGAGGUCGAGGACUGGGGAGUUGGGGAUGAGCUUCCAGCACGACUACAGAACGUACACAUUGUCAAAGUCCCAAAGGAGGUUCCUGAACAGGAGAGGAAUUAUCGAGCACCACCACAUCCUCACGUUGAUCCUGAGACUGAGGCAGAUCUGCUGUCAUCCAGCAUUGAUCUGGAAAAUGCUGGACAAGAGUGAAUUCAAGGACGCUAAGCUGGAGGAGAUGAAGAAUCCUGCGCCCCUGCAGCAAGUCAUCGAGCAGACUGAUAAUUUCAUUCGGAAUCAAGUGAGCCCAGAGGAUGAGGAGGAGGACGAUGGGGAGAUCGGGGUGGACGAGAGGGUCGUUGAGGACGAUCGUCUCCUGAGCUCUGGAAAUCCUGUCUUCAGGGAGGAGAGGAAGUCCUCGAAGAUGGUGGCAGUCCUGCAGAAGGUCCAGGAGAUCGUGGACAAUGGGGAGAAGGUGGUUAUUGUCUCUGAUUGGGUGCAGUAUCUCACGCUCAUUGGGAAGCAUUUGGUGAACAUGGGGUUUGCUGAUGAUUCGUUUAAAUUUUAUACUGGGAGUACUGACGAUUCUGCGAGGGAUGGGAUUGUAGAGUGCUUCAACACGAAGCUGAAACCUAAGAUUCUUCUGCUGUCGUUGAGGGCUGGGGGACAGGGGCUGAAUCUGACUGGUGCUAAUCAUGUGAUUAUUGUGGAUGUUCACUGGAAUCCACAGUUGGAGGUCCAGGCGCAGGACAGGAUUUACAGGAUUGGGCAGACUAGGGAUGUCUUUGUUCAUAAGUUUAUUUGUCAGGAUACGAUUGAGGAGAGGAUUGUUGAGCUGCAGAGGAGGAAACUGCAGAUUGCUGAGAAUGUACUCUCGGGGACUCAGGGAGGGGCCUCGGGGCUGGGGAUCGACGAGCUGAGGUCGUUGUUUAGUGUGUGAGGAAAUAUAAGUGAAGUAGAAAAGGGAAUACGGCAGACUGCCUGGUUUAGGAUGAGAGAGACCUGGUGAUUAUUUUUUUAAAUUCCGUUUUUACCUAAUUAAAGAGAUAAUUAUUAAAUAUAAUUAUUUAGAUAAUUAUUUAGUUUAUAAAAUUGGUUUGUAGUAGAAAACUUAUGUGUUUAUAAGGUUUUUUUCAUUCUUACUAAAAAAAAUGGGGAAAAAAUGGGGAAAUGGGGAACAAUUAGAUGAAUUUUCAGUGAAUCCAGAGUAAAAAGCACUUGCAAAUAUUCUUUUUCUUUUGUUAAUUCGAGAGAUAGAUGAAACAUUUGUUUUUUUGAAGGUAAAACUAAUUUUCUUAUCUAUCUGGAGAGUUAAAUGGAAUUGGAAUGAUUUUGUAAGUAAAUUUACACUGAACAUUUCUCUAGAUUGGUUUUCUUCAACAGUUCAAGAGAUCAAUACAAUAAUGUUUUCUUUCGUUUUUUACCUUUACUUGUGAACAGUGUAAAAUAUUUAAUUAUUUAUUAGAGUAAGUGCUGAGUAUUUGUUGCUGAGGUGAUGUCAGAUGACGUAAAAUGUUGUAUCUGUCUGUUAAAAAGUGAGAACUAGCGGUUGAGAUGAAACACUACAACUACUGUUUAUAUUGAAAAUUCUAUUAUAAAACAAUAUUAAAAAAUAUUACGGGAAAUUAAAGAUAUGAGAUAAGUUACAAAGCCUAUGCCUGCUUGAUGGUCGGGAAAAGGUGCCAGUGGGACCUGAUUAUUGUUAAUUAAGGUAAAAAUAUAUAUAUUACUGAAUAUGUUAUACGUUAAUCAUAGAUCUUAAGUUAUUCAGUCUUUGUAUUCUUGUUCUCAUCGAGAAGAUCAGAAACUUCUCAAAAUAUGAUUGAAGAUAAAUAUAUAUUAGU